AUGGUUGACAACAUUGACAGCACCAUACAGCACUUGAAGUCCGGUGUGAAGGCUUCUUUGGAUGACCUGUGGCGGACAUGGGAGAAAUUACCGGAGGAGAACUGGCUUGGGGGUCUCACCCCGAGCCCUGAAAAUGUCAAGGAGAUCAUCACAUUCGCCCACAAGCUGUGCUACACAACUUUUGCACCUCCAGGCUUUCAAAGCGGCGAUCCUUUGCACCUAUUCCGUCCUCCAGCACCCCAAGAGCAGCAAUUCAGGAACUCCGCAUUAUAUUCCUUUGCAGAAAAGGCUGGAAGGGCUGGAGGCUCACAGCUGCCAAAGCAGGUGGACGGCGCCAAUUUCGCAGACCCACUGCCAUCGUUUGAGCCCCCGCCUGGCUGGAAGCCUGGCGACCCUCUACCAGGUCAGGCGUCCCCCGAGGGCAGUUACGAUCAGACCUCGAGCUCAGCAGAGGCCACGUCCUCCUCAGAGGGAGGCAAGGCUGCGAGCCAGGAUGAUGGUGGAGGGAUAGGAUUCGACUUCAUCCUCAACCCAGACCUCGAAGUCGUCGAUGAAGAGGUGUCGAGUGAAGAUUCUUCGUCAGAUGACUCCUAG